UCACUCUUUUUGAUCCAGAUUGCCGAAGUCAUUAGAAAUAUGGCGCCACGUAAAGGGAAGGUGCAAAAGCCAGAAGUGCAGGUCAACCUUGGCCCCCAGGUUCCAGAAGGAGAAAAUGUCUUUGGUGUUGCCCACAUCUUCGCUUCAUUCAACGACACCUUUGUCCAUGUGACUGAUCUGUCUGGCAGGGAAACCAUCGCCAGGGUGACCGGUGGUAUGAAGGUGAAGGCUGACCGUGACGAGGCCUCCCCGUACGCCGCCAUGUUGGCUGCCCAGGACGUUGCCAUCAAGUGCAAGGAUCUCGGCAUCACAGCUCUUCACAUCAAGCUCAGGGCCACCGGAGGAAACAAGACCAAGACCCCUGGACCUGGUGCUCAGUCUGCCCUACGUGCCCUGGCUCGCUCUGGCAUGAAGAUUGGACGUAUUGAGGAUGUAACGCCAAUCCCAUCAGACAGUACUCGCAGGAAGGGAGGUCGCCGAGGUCGCCGUCUCUAGGCUCACAACACCAGCCACACGCCGUCGCCAAUUGUAAAAUAUGUCUAGCAAACGCAUCUCAGAAUAAACACCCUGAGGACACACAAAAAAAGAA